CAAGUUAUGAAAAGGGGACAUGUACGCUUGCUAUAGGUACUUUUACCAUGAAUUUUCCAACCCUGAUUUGAUCAAAAUCUAAACCUAAAGGCCGGAACAAUUUAGAUUUCUUUCAAGUUUAAUUGUUCACUUUGAGAAAAGCCUCAAGGUCUUGUAAGAAUGGUAGCAGGGCGGAAGGAGAAGCAGGGACCCAGCUGCUUUGCACAUCAGAGAGCCUGAAAGUGAAGAGCAGAUUGGAUGAGAAGCAAAACCACAGCCCAGAGUCUCUGUUCACUUGCUCUCACAGAAUCACUCAGGCUCUUCAACCUGUCCUCUCCCAGCAGUUCUCCUGACUGUUCCCACAAGACACUGCUAGGGCAGAGAGUACCAUCCAGCUCUGGAGAUCCUUAAGGAGGAAAGGGAUCCUUCUGCUCGAGGAGUCUGCCCCUGCCUGAUAGGUGCUGAGAAUGAAGACACCGCCUGCCAUGCUUGGGAUUCCAAGGUUGUUUAGCAAACUCUUAAUUCUCCACGUGGGCUUCUGGAGCAUCCUAGGACAGUCACAAACAAAAAGAAGUGAAGAGUCAUGUACAGUACAACUUAGAGUUCUCAGGCAUUCGGAACAUGCCACAGUGGGAGAGUCCUUUAAAAUGAAAUGUCCCGUGACAUAUUGUGCUCAGAGACCUAAUGUGACUUGGUGCAAGUACAGUGGAAAAGACUGUUUACCUCUUGAGAUUGGACCUCAGCAACAUACUAGUUGGGAAGACGAGGACCAGGCUCCAGCUUUUACUCUCCAUUUUGAAUCAGUAUAUCCCAGUGACAAUGGGUCAUAUGGUUGUUCUGUAGACUUUACUUCUUAUGUUAUUAAUAGCAACAUAAUAGUCCUCCAUGUGACAGAAAGGACUCAAAAUUAUUCAGAACACCAUCUAACAAUGUCUGAUAUCCCAGGUGCCACCAAUGCCUCAGGACCACCCACCAUGGAGGAGACGGGGAGCAGGACCUGGCUGCUUUACAGCUUGCUUCCUUUGGUGCCAUUACUUUUGCUGCUUGCCUGUUUUUGCCUGGUCUGUUUCCUGAAAAGGCACCAAGGGAAAGGAAAGAAGAAUUCUGACUUAGCAGGAAAGGAAAUUAAACUGGUUGAAAUUGCAGUGAGUCCCAGGGAAAAUUCCCAAACACUGCCCUCAGAAACUGCCAUUUAUGAUAAUGAUCCCUGGUCAAGUGGGCAGGAAAGUUCUGAAUCCACAACUAAUUCACAAUCGGAGGGAAACAAACAGGGCAUUGUGUAUGCUUCUCUUAACCAUUCUGUUAUUGGAAGGAAUCCAAGACAGUCAAGCAACAUGCAAGAGUCACCCACAGAAUAUGCGUCCAUUUGUAGGAAAAGUGAACCCUUGCACAGAUGCAUGGUAUGACAGGCUUGUGAAUACCAUUGUCUGAACCUCCAGUGUCAAAUAACCUUCUUCAACCUGGGAUUUUCACAUUCAGAUGCUUCAUGCUGGGGCUGUGUCUUAAAAAUUCAUGGAAUACUUAGUUAAAAUUUCUCCUGAAAACUCUGAAGGAGUUUUGUACAAGAGCCUUGAACAAUAGACUUUUCUCUGGGAAAACUCAUAGCACAAAUUGCAGCAUAAUAGAAUGUUUAAAUCUGACCAUGCCUUACCCAACAUGUGAAUUUAAUAUUUCCCUUGGGGCUAUCAGAGAGACUUACAGGGAAGAAAGAAGAAUGUUAUUUGGGUCAGCUCACUACACAUUCUAGAAAAAGAAUGACCCAAUUUUUCUAACUAAUCAUAAAUACCGUAAUGAUUGUAUGCUCCCAACCAAUCUUCCAUGAUAAGACAAUUUCCCAUGUCAAUUUAUAGCUCAUUGUUUUUUUUAAAGUAAAGAAAAAUUACCUUGGACUCAAUUCAAAAAAAGAUUAGAAAGGGUAAUUGGUGCAAUACAGACACAGAAUAUGCCAGAUAGACGUGGGGGGAUGUAUAUUUCACCACUAAGGUAAUGAGAUGUUUAUCUAUACCCUGUUAGAUUGAGAAACUCAGGGAGUAAAGGAUUCAUCAAUGAAUAGUCAAUGCAUUUGUAAUCCAUGCAGAAGUGUUUGGAUCAAGUAGAGUAAAGUAUGCAAAUGUGAUGCUAUGCUGCUGAACUAUUGCACAUAUGAAUUCACGAACAAGAGUCAAUGAGAUCAGGUAUUAUAAGGCAAAUUCACAUUGAACGUUUAUACCACUUGGUGCUUUACCUGAGAGCAAACUAGAAGGGUGGUUCAUGAAAGGAAAGAGUCUGGAAUAGACCAGUAGGGGCUGACAUACUUUCAUUAAUGUCUGUUUCUUGCUCCUUAUAAAGUGAAUCAGGACAAAUCAUAUGUAAUGAAGUAUGACAUAUGGAGAUCACUCAGGUUUAAAUUCUGACUUUGUAGCUGCUUAAGAGGGUAUAUUUUCAAAUUUCCUGAAUUUUCAGAUUUCUUGAGUCUAAUUGUUUAAAACACAGAUCAUAAUUUUACUCAUCAGCUUGAGGCUUGAGUUCUCAGACUCUGAAACUGAAUAGCGUCGUCAUUUUAGUAUACAGUGGAUGGCAAGAGCUAGAAGCCACUGGAACAAACACAUGAGCGGCUGAAUGAGUGAAUGUGGUCUAUGUAAUUGUGCAUGUGUGUUUGUUCCUGUGUCCGUACAUGCUAACGUGCAAACGCAAGAUGUGACUUGCUGAAACAAGACAAGAGAAACCAAUCAGAUUGCCAUCCUAUUUUUAGUUUGCUUAGGAGGUACAAAGCACUAGGACAAAUUGAUCAUUAAAGAAAACAAGGUGUGAAGCAGUGCCAAUAGGAACGUGACUAGAGAAUGUAUUCAUAAACACAACAGUGAGGCCUCACUGCAAAACCCUCCUCACCAAGUGCUCACAUCGGGUUUCAGUUCCCUAGAUCCGGAACAGCAGACUUUGUUUUCAGAUACUGUUGCAACCAACCGUACGUAAGCUCGUUCAGUUAGGUGCUUUUGUGGGCAUUUAUGCAAAAAAUGCCUUAGAAUAGCUGCUUUAACUGCUCAUCUUCAAAAUAGAAACAGGAAGUAUGGGGGAUGAGCACAGCACCCUGUCCCUCUUAUCAGAUCAACCUGGGAGUUGAGCAAGUCUAUCAGAAUUGUCUCCAACUUUAAAAGCAAACUUCUAUUUUGUUUUAAACAAUCCUUUAAAAAUGUUGUGUGUGUGUGUGUGUGUGUGUGUCUGUAAUCUGUGCAUGCAUGUGUGUGUGUGUGGUGUAUGUGUGUUGUGCUGUAUGCAUACGGGUGUGUAGGAGCCAGAAGAGGACGUCAGGUGCACUUUUCUAUAGCUCUCCAUUCUACUGUUAGGGAAAGGUCUCACACUGAAUCUGGAGCUAAGCUAGCAGACAGGAAGCACUGUGAGGGAUCCUUUGUCUCUGUCCCCCAGAUUGCUAGGGUUAUAGUUGCUCAUGCUCGGUUUUUUACAUGGGUUGGGGAUUUCAUACUCAAGCCCUCAUGACUGCAGAGCAAGUACUCUUACUUGCUGAGCCCUCUCCUACUCCCCCUAUUUAAGAUGCUCUUAGCCAGGCAAUGGUGGUGCACGCUUUUAAUCCCAGCACUUGGGAGGCAGAGGUAGGCAGAUUUCAGUGAGCUUGAUGUCCGCCUCCUUUACAAAGCAAGUUCUAGGACAGCCCAAGUUGUUACACAGAGAAAACCUGUCUCAAAAGACAAAAAAAAAAAGUUCUUAUUGUAUUUUAUUGUAUUUUACAAUGAAAGAUGAAAGACACUGCUGCUAGAGGCUUCACCUCUAUAAAUGGUUGAUUUUGUUUAUGCUUGUACCAUGCUUGUCAACUAUCACAUAUCACUUAUGUACGUAUGUUCUUAUUCCUACUUAGUAAAUUCAUAUAUCUCCUCAAAUAAAUCUGAUCUAGGAUUA